AUGUUUAAGAGCUUCUUCGAUGGCGUGCUCGAAUGGUUCAGAAGCCUCUUCUGGAAGCAGGAGAUGGAACUGACCCUUGUGGGGCUCCAGAAUUCAGGCAAGACCACACUGGUUAAUGUCAUCGCCUCGGGCUCAUUCAAAGAGGACAUGAUCCCCACCGUGGGAUUCAACAUGAAGAAGGUGACAAAGGGUAACGUCACAAUCAAGCUGUGGGACAUCGGCGGGCAGCCCCGGUUUAGGAGCAUGUGGGAAAGAUACUGCCGAGGGGUGAACGCGAUUGUCUACGUGGUGGACGCUGCCGACCAGGAGAAGUUUGAAACGGCCAAAAAGGAACUGCAGGAGCUCAUGAGCAAGCCGCCGCUGGCCGGCAUUCCUCUGCUCGUGCUGGCCAACAAGAACGACCUGCCGGAGGCCGUGGGCGUGCACGACACCAUCGAGCUUUUGGACCUCAAAUCAAUCACGGGCCGCGAGGUGUGCUGCUACUCCAUCUCGGCCAAGAACAAUGUCAACAUCGACAUGACCCUCGAGUGGCUUUGCAGGCACUCCAAAAGCAGCAGCUAA